AUGCAAGACAGAAGCUGUGGCCAGGCAUUGCCUCUUUCUUUAAUGCUGAAGGAGGCUUACUGUGCAGAGAGAGGCACCAAUAAGGGAUAUCCUGAAAAUAUGUCAGAAGCUUCAUCCUACCGUGACUUUUUCCAUGAUUCUGUAUCAGACAUACAGAAUGGGGAAUUUUCAAACGAACUUUCUGCCUUCCUUACCCAGGAGGAGAUAUGUAAGAGCCUUGACAUAGCUCGGGAAGCCAUUGCCAGUUCCAUGAAGGAGGAUCAGAAUGCAGCACCAGACUUUACUAAUUAUUUCAACACCUCUCUCUGUAGCACUUCAGAAAAUCCUUCUUUCAGGGAUACCAAACUGCAUGAGCAAGACACUUUACAGAGGUCUCAAGCAAGUGGUCUGACUUCAUCUGCUGCAAGUCAUGUUCUCCCAAGGAACCAGAAAGAGCAAUCCACCACACCUCAAGCAGCAGGUCGUUUUGUCACAGUUUCCAGGAGGCAAGCAAGCACAUCACCUUUGCUAACUGCUAGUCCCAGCUUCAUUAGAAGCCUGAAACAUUUGGAGAAAGAUGGUCCAGGUGUGCCUAGGACAAGCCCAAAGUCUGAAUCGGCGUCUCAGGGAGAAGUUCCUUUCAGGAACAAGCUGUGUGACAAAGCUGCCACAUUCAUAGAGGAACUGUCAUCUAUAUUUAGACAGGCAGCAAAGACAAGAGGCCGAAGUCCUGAUGGGGACUCUUCUUCUCCAGACAGCGGAUACCUGUCUCCUAAAAAGAAACAACCAGCUGUAAAUACCUCCGUGAACCAUGAGUUUGACAAGCCACAUCAAGAGACUGAGCCUGAGGCAAAAUUACCCGGAGUUCAUCUGAAUGGAGAACGCUUUGCUGAAAGGGAGAGCAUCACUCAGAGCGAAACGGUCCUUUGCCACCCCUUUAUCAGCAUGGAAGAGAAUCAGUCUUCACCACCUCAAUUCACUCAGAAGCUCCGGAGCCAGGAAGUUGCUGAAGGAAACAAAGUAUUGCUGGAGUGCAGAGUUGUUGGCAACCCGGUCCCUGAUGUCAGAUGGUUCUGUGAAGGAAAAGAACUCCAGAAUACCCCUGACAUUCAGAUCCGUUCUGGAAGUGGAGGACUUCAUUCACUAAUUAUAGCAGAAGCCUUUGAAGACGAUACUGGACGCUAUACUUGUCUGGCUUCAAAUUCCCUUGGUUCAGAUAGUACAUCAGCUGAAAUAUUCAUUGAAGGUGCCAGUUCCACAGAUUCUGAGAGUGAAAGUUUAAUUUUCAAAACAAAAUCUGGAGAUAUGCCACAGGCCCAAAAGAAAACCACCUCUGUUUCCUUGACAAUAGGAUCUUCUACACCAAAGUCUGGAGUCACCACAGCUGUAAUUCAACCUAUCUCUGUUCCCAGUCAUCAGGUUCAAAGCCCUACUUCAUACCUGCACCGUCUGGAUGGCCCUAAGCCUAUCUAUUCUGCGCCCAUUUUUACAAAGGAGCUACAAAACUCCACAGCAUCUGAGGGUCAAGUUGUGGUAUUGGAAUGCAGGGUCAGAGGACCCCCUCCCAUUCACGUUAAGUGGUUUCGACAGGGCGUUGAAAUUCAAGAUUCUCCAGACUUCAGAAUUCUACAAAAAAAGCCACGAUCUGCAACUGAACCUGAAGAGAUAUGUACCCUUGUAAUUGCAGAAACUUUUCCUGAAGAUUCAGGACUUUUCUCAUGCACAGCAACAAAUGAAUAUGGUUCAGUAACAAGCAGUGCACAGCUAACUGUCUGCUCAGCCAACUCUGACAGCUCUCGUCAUGAAUCACUGACAAGAGAAUCCAACAGUGAUGAUUUCCAUCAUUUCCCACCACUUCCCCCAGUUGAAAUUAGCUCUCUUGAGCUUCCUCCUAAGAAACAUACAGAGACUCACCAAGUAAACACCACUGAGUUGAGAUCUGGUGUAACAGCCCUUCAACUACAGCUCAAUUCGUCUGAGGAAAAAACAAAUGGCAUCCAUCCUGUUCAUGGUGUAAACGGAAUGAUUAACAGCAAGACAAACGGUGAUAAAUCCAUCCCACCUCCAGCUGUCUUGCUUUCACCCACAAAGGAGCCACCACCUGUGCUUGCCAAACCAAAGCUGUGA